AUGGGAAAGCGAGUUGAAAAGGCAAAAGAGAAGACAGAGAAGGGCAAUGCAGGAGUUGAGGAACAACUCUCGAAAACGGCAGAUGAUUAUCAGUGUUCUGAUAGCAGUCUGGAGAUGGACUUCCCUGAGCUUUGUGGUCUUCUAGGAAUGGGGGAAAUCCCUUCUGUCACCAUAAGACAUCCUACCUCUAUGGGAGCUGGAUUAGCAACCACCACAUGGUGCCCAAAGCCACGCCUUCAGGUAGAGCUGGAGAAUGAGGACCCUUGCAGUGUCAAAGAGGUCAGGAUAUUUGGGUGGAAGGUGGAUGAGCUUAAGGCGCGAGUGCUGAAGAAGACUCUUCCAUCGCUGAGCCAUCUACAAAACCUGCAUCUGUGGAGGGCCGGUCUGACGGAGCAAAGUCUGAUCUCCAUUAGGAAUACAAUCUCACUGUGCUCCAACCUCAGGAAUGUCGUUUUGGAGGGAAACCCUAUUCCGGAGCAGAGUUACCACCUUCUUCUAUCUGAAGAUAGUGUCCUUACUCACCUAUCACUUCGAAACAACCGGAUCGGAGAAGAGGGGGCUCGUCUUAUUGGCUCAACCCUGUCAACAAGCAACUCGGCCAAUAAGACUCUUUUACAUCUGAACCUGGCCUUCAAUUCCAUUGGGGAUGCAGGAGCCGUUCAUAUAGCACAGGGUCUGCGUCUGAAUCGCUCCUUGCUCUGUCUCUCACUGGCCAACAACCAGAUAGGAGACUCUGGGGCUGCCCGUCUGGCAGAGGUACUUGGUCCAUUUGCCCUGAGCCACGAGGAGAUAGUGGAAAGGAGAAAGCUGCUGCUGACUAGGGACCAGUCGCCCUCUCAAGCAGUCAGCGCUGACUCAAAGUGUGACCGUCCUCUCUCCAUCCCCAGCAGCUCCUCUCUGGAGCGCAACGUCAGCAAGGGGACCAAGAGCGCUUCCAGAAAGAAGGAUACGCCCAAAAAAGAUGAGAAGCCAGCUGCUAAUCAGGCAGGGGCUGCAGCGGGAAAGAAAGAGGAGCUCAAACUCAGCAAGAAAGUGUCCGACACCAAAGUGCCCAAAGGUAAAGGGGGCAAGGCAGGGGGCAAAGAAAAACGUCCUUUUGUAUCAGACCAAGAGGAUAAAAGCAAUGGUACACAGAAUAAGUCAGCUGAGUUGGUUGAGAUAGUGAGCCCCCUGCUGGAAGCAGGCGUGCAGCACGCUGGAGGCCAGGUCAUUCUGCCUGGGAACACAGCUCUCACCUCCCUUAACCUGGCAGGCAACAGGCUGACUGAGAAAUCUCUCCUCCUGUUCCUGCCUUCGCUCGUGGCACAGGGUGAAGCAGGAGGCUUGCUACGUCUUUGUCUCAAUAGGAACCGCUUCCCUCAAGAUUGUGAAGUCUUCCAAAAGAUACAAGAGAUAAUGUCACAUAGAGACCCACUUAACAAAACUGCCAUCGGUCAGCCUGAGGAGGACCAGGGGCAGGCUGCAUAGUCUUGUAAGAGGAUAUUAUAUUGAUCCCAUGCAUCUUCAUUCGUCCUCUAAAUAUAUAUUUAGUCGUUUUGUCUUCCACUUUAUUAUAUAUUCCUGAGUACAGAUGUCAUCCCACAUAAUUACAGUAAAUUAAUUAAUUAUGGAUGUAUC